AGUGUUCCAGUAACAAAGGGGUUUCUAAAAUGCAUGGAAACUCGUACAAUUCGUAAAAUACAUGAAAACGUGGACGAUUCGUGAAAUACAUGGAAACACGUACAAUUUCUAAAAUACACAGGCAAAUUUGGGUAUAAGAAGAGCCAGACCAUCAACAGCAGUUCAGUCUAAGAAGUCAGUCUAAGAAAGCAGUCUAGAAAAGCAGUCAAGAAAAUGUAGUCGUCAAUAUUAUAAGUCUCAAAUUGAGAAGUGGUGCUCUGCACAAGUCAGUCUUAAAAUUUUAUCUAUAACAAGUGGUUCUUCACGACGCAGUGCUCUAAACCCAGUUUCAGUAGUUGUCCUUUACUCUACGUAUAUUUCAAAAGUGCAUUUUGGAAAGUAAAUCUGGAAGUCAAAUUUGCCAUUUGAAAAGAGUGUUCCUGUUUCUCGAGACACAAUACUGCAUCCACUUAGUCAAGCAUUAACGGACUAGAGCCAUUAUACCUUAGCGACUAGCAUCACCCUUUGUCCCAAGAAAUCGGAAAAACUAAAGAUAUUAUUUCAUCUGAAAAAAGUGCUUCAAUAAGUCCAAAAGAAAAGGAGCAUUCCACAUGUAUUGUGCAAGAAGAAUAAUGCGAUGAAAUCGGAAAAACUGAAGAUAUUAUUUCAUCUAAAAAAAGUGCUUCAAUAAGUCCAAAAGAAAUGGAACCUUCCACAACUAUUGUGCAAGAAGAACUGUGCGAUGAUAUCAAUUCUACAAUAUGGAGUCUACAACCAGCGCGAAAGCACCAACAACCAUCGAUGUAUCCGAGGUUAUGGCUGUAUACUUUGCUUCUCCGCCAGAGGGUCAGCAAAUAGAUGACGCCAAGUUAAAAUUCGAGGAAUCACCGACGGGUUUGGUCGCGCUUUCCAAGUCCGCUUUCAACAAAAUUGUCGCCGAGCGCGAUAACUUUUUGGCUCAACUAAAAAAGGCCGACAAAACAAUCGCCAAACUGCGCAAAGAGGUCAACACCCCAGUCCCUAGCAUCAAUGCGGAUAUUGCUGAACAAAACCGCGAAAUCAUUCGACUGAAUCAAGAGCGUCGUAAAAUGUCCGAUCGUCUUACUGCAGCAGAGACGGAAUCUAAAUCUUCAGCCGAACAAGAGGCCAAAUUCAAGGCCGAAGCCCAAUCCUACAGGAAGGAUUACAACGAAUUAAUAGCAGAUUAUUAUCAUAUCGAAGACCAGUAUUACCGUCUGCACAAUCUCUUAAAAUCCAGCAUUAAAGAGGUUUUCCGCGCCAUGACCGAGCUGCGCGAACCUAGACUACGCCCGAAAGCUCCAGAUGGAUGCCUCAACUGUGGAGUCUCUGGCCACAGCUACCGCUCGUGCGCAAAGGAAUAUACGGGUCUCUUCUGCCAAAUUUGUUCUCACCCAGACUUCUCGACAGAUGACUGUCCAUGGCCGCACUAUUCAGAAUUGCCUAAACAACUACCUGACCACAAGCGGUGCAAGUGCUGCUGACGUCCGCGC